AUGAAGGCUGUCAUUGCGGUCUUGUUGGCCGUGGUGGCUGGGGUUAUCGCCCAGACUGCCACAACCUCCGAGCCCGCCCUGGCGCAGAUCCAAGCAGCAGCUGCGACGACCAAACCUGAGAUUACUACCUCCAAUGUCAAGGGUCUGGCUUUCGACCGUUUUUACCAGGUUUGGCUUGAGAACAUCGACUUCGAGGAUGCGGCUGCCGAUACCAACGUUCAAUGGCUCGCUUCACAGGGUAUCUUACUGUCCAACUUCUACGCUGUCACUCAUCCUUCUGAGCCCAACUACUGCGCUGCGGCCGGCGGCGACACUUUCGGAAUGGACAAUGACGACUUCAAGCAAAUCCCUGAGAACAUUUCCUCCAUUGCUGAUCUGCUUGACACCAAGAGCAUCUCGUGGGCCGAGUACCAGGAGCACAUUCCUCAUGCCGGUUUCCAGGGCCUCAACUACUCCAACCAGCACACCUACAAGCCUGAUUAUGUCCGCAAGCACAACCCGAUGGUUCUUUACAACUCCGUUGUGGCCAACAACACCCGUGCACGCCAGAUCAAGGGCUUUGAUGAUUUUGAGAGUGAUCUCGUAGCCAAGGAGCUUCCUCAGUGGGCUUUCAUUACUCCCAACAUGACUAAUGAUGCCCACGACACUAAUAUGACUUUUGCUGCCAAAUGGGAGCGUCCCUGGAUGGCUGAGCUGUUCCAGAAUGAUUAUUUCAUGAACAACACACUUGUUCUCCUGACCUUUGACGAGGACUCGACCUAUACCAAGGACAAUCGUGUACUCAGCAUUCUUGUUGGCGGCGCCGUCCCCGAACACCUCCAAGGCACCAAGGAUGACACAUUUUACACCCACUACUCCAGCAUCGCCAGUGUGUCUGCUAAUUGGGGUCUUCCUUCUUUGGGCCGUUGGGACUGUGGUGCCAACAUCUUCCAGAUUGUCGCCAACAAAACCGGCUAUGUCAAUUACGAGGUCAACAAAACUUUCCUGACUCUAAAUCAGACCUAUCCAGGUCCCAUGUCCAUCGGCGACAAGGAGACCGGCAACACCUCAAAAUUCAUUGCCGACUGGCCUGUCCCUCUUACCGACAGCAACGAGAAGUGUUCCGCAGGCCAUGGUAUCUUGGAUGUCGUCAAGAAGACUUAUGGAAAGCUGCACCCUACCUACAACUACACCACCCCCUUCCCAUGGGAUGCUCGGUACGGUUACAACAGCAAGGUUACUUUCAAGCGUCCCAACAAUGCUUCUCAUAUCAACUCCACCACUCCCGUUGAAACUCAGCACCACGGUGUCGGAGCUACCACCAUGGCUCCCAUCUCCACUGUUGUGAUUGGAGCAUCGUUAGUAGUUGCUGCGUUUUACUCCUAA